UGCGUAACUCUUCAAUGUCAGGAAACAAGGAAGGCUGCAAGCUGUCUGCACCAUAUGUCUUCUCUUACCGUUUAGACGGACGUGGAUGUCCAAAAUGAGUGUGUUUGUCUACUUGAAGAACUAUUCUUGUCAUUUGUGAUGUAAAGGAACAGAAAGUUAAUAUAUUGUGAGCUGAGGAUAAGUGAAAUAAAAUGUGUCGCUUUCUGUUUUGGUUAGCUGUGUGUUUUGCAACCGGCUUACACAAAGGACGAGGAAGACAAGUUGGAGGCCGUACGUUGCUUGAGGAAAAGAAAGAAGGUUUAUAUUCAAAUCUCGACGAUGUGAUUGUUUUAAAUAAAAAUAAUUUCGUUGAACGUGUUUAUGGAAAAUCAAACGUGUGGGUGAUAGAAUUCUACAACAGUUGGUGUGGACACUGCAUUCAUUUUGCGCCAACAUGGAAGAAGUUCGCCUCUGAUAUAAAGGGAUGGAGGAGAGUUGUCUCGGUGGGAGCCAUUGAUUGCUCUAGCGAAAUGAACGUUGAAAUUUGUCGAGACUAUAAUGUUCAAGCCUAUCCAUCAAUAAAACUUUUCCCCCCUUACACGACGAAGGAGCAAACUGACAAACACAUGAUUAAGAAUGUUAACACUCAAAAUGCAGAGGAACUUAGAGAUGCUGUCCUAGACUACAUCACAGAUCCCAAACUGAAACCACCAAACACCUGGCCCAGACUUCAGCCACUGAAAUCCAUUGCAGACAUAUGGAAUGAGGCACAGUCAGAGCACAAGUUUGUAGUUCUGGUGUUUGAAAAUGAGCAUUCCCUAGUUGGCAGGCAGGUUAUUCUGGAUCUGGUAGACUACCCAACUGUCCUUGUUCGCACAAUGCUGAAGGAAGAUGUAGAGAAAUUUGGCAUCAUGAUUUAUCCAUCACUUUAUUCCAUUAACAAAGACUCCUCCUUUCAACUCUUGGCAAGUGGCACUGGACAGGCAGACUCGGAUCGGCAUCGAUUUGUGGACACCCUCUUGAACUUGGUUGGCCACAUCAAUCAUGAAGGGAAGAAACUGAAAAUAGUUCAUGAUGAAGACAAGCAAGUUAAUGAUGGGGUGGUUCACUUCCUGCAGGAAGAUAAUAUGGCCAUUUCCUUACCACAAACUUCUCAUCUUUCAGAAUUACUUUGGUUGGGAGUUCAUAUGCUGGAUCUUGAAUCUGCCCUUCACUAUAGUUUGCGACAGGAAGUGGCCAUCUGUAAGACAAUUGAAGGCCAGAAGCUUGAUGCUUUGAGAAACUUUAUCACCACUCUAGCCAAGUUCUUUCCAGGACGAAAAGAAGUUGUGGCAUUUCUGUGGAAAUUAGCUAAUCAUCUGGCAGAACUGAAAGAACCCUUGACUGGAGAGAGCUGGCUGGAGGCAGUGGAAAGCAUUCAGGACAAGAAUGCAUUCCUGCCAAAACGAGUCUCCUGGGUAGAGUGCAAAGGUAGCCAACCUGGUUACCGUGGCUACCCAUGCAGCAUGUGGACACUUUUUCAUGUUUUGACUGUGUCUGCCUAUGACAACGCCAAAGCAGUAAAUCCCCAGGAGGUACUUCUUUCCAUAAGUGGAUACAUGAAACACUUCUUUGGAUGUCAGGAGUGUUCUCAGAACUUUCUCAAAAUGGCGGCAACAAUUGAAGAUGAGGUACACAAACCACGUGAUGCAGUAAUUUGGCUGUGGAAUGCACACAACCGUGCAAACAAACGUCUUCACGGAGACGUUUCCGAGGAUCCACAACAUCCGAAGGUCCAGUUUCCACCAGCAUCCGACUGUCCCGAAUGCCAUAUGGUGAUAACCCCAGAUUCGGACCAAUCUCCUAAGUGGAACACAUCAGCAACGUUUUUCUUCUUGGUCAAGUUCUUCAGCAAAGAUAGCAUCAUCCAGAUUACUUCAGAAGAAGAUACAGAGACACCUAUGGCAUCCCUCAUCAAGAAAUGGAAGCAGUAUAGAAAUGGAUUGGUGGGAAAAAAAGCAAAAGGAUGCAGAUUUGAAACGAAUUAAAAUGCUCCUACUGAGAAAGCCAAACGAGCUUGAUGGUUCAUGGUGAAAAAUUAAACGACAAUGAGAAAAAGCAUGACAGUAAGGGAGACAAUGCUGAUCCUCAGCAGGUAAAACAUAAAAACCAAGAUUUUCUAGUUAAUCCCAGGUACAGUGACUUAUCAGCCAAGUGGGGUUUCAGUCAGAUUGACAUUGGGGUGUGCAUGGCAUUCUACAUCUGCUGUGCUGUAAUUAUUCUUUUCCUUUAUUAUCAUUUUAUAAGCCGGAAACGUUAUCGAUUGCCUUGCUCCAGCUGUCCGCCUGUUUGAGUGUUAUUUGGUAUAAGAAGGGAUUCUUGUGGUAGAACUUUGUAAACUUUUGCCUCCAUACAGCCACAUAAUUUCUUUCAAAGCAUUUCAUAGAAUGUUUUUAUCAACAGCUAUAAAGUUUGAAUGUUAAUGUGGUCAUGGAGUGCAUAAGCAAGCAGUUAAAUGAAAAAUCUGCACAUGAAAAGAAAGAAUCUGGUUAUUUUUGAGGGAAAAAGGGAGGCAAAAUAGUCUUUAUUAAGAUUAAAACUUUUUUAUUGCCUUGAGAUUGACAGGGUUUUAAUAAACUAUUUCUAAGAAUUGUUACCAAGCUUGUCAACAGAUCUUCCAUACUUUUUUCAGCUCUUCAAUUAGUUUGUCAUCUGUACUUUUAUGUAAAUUAUAAUUAAAUGCUGUGAUUUUUUUUAUAUCAAUCUAUAUAACAUACUUCGCACGAAGUAUGCCCUGUCCAACAUUCCUAUAAACUGUGUUGUCAGAUCUGUUGUUUUUUAAAUUGCUCUGGUUGCUUUGAUCUAAAUGUCUUGAAACAGUGUGGAGAAUGGAAGUAUUUCAGUGGAGAGGAGUAUGAUGUAUUUGUUUCACAGACAUAUGGCCAGUUGUCAUUUCCAAAAAUAUACCGUACAAGUAUGGUGAAGCCAGUUGUCGUCAUACGCUUUCCCUUCAGUACUUUGCAAUGUUACUUUGCUGUCCACUCAGCUUUUAAGCUGAUGGGCCACAAUUAUGGUCUGUUUGUAAGCAAUGUAAAUGAGUUGCUAUAAUUAUAUGCAAAUGGGCAUAUAGCAUGCUAAUGAAUGGCUGCUUGAAGUUUUAAUUCAUUUUGAUAUGUCAGAGUCUCAAAAACAGACAGACAUGCACAAGCUAGAGUUGUGAGUGUAUUACUUUUUAAUCCUGAGGCAUGGGUAUAGGCAGGGUGCUCUGUAGGACUCUGUGAUGCGAAUUUUUAAUAUUUAGCUAUGUUUAUUAGGAACACAAAUGAUCACAGUGUAAACGAAAGUUAGGAUGUCUUCUUUAUGUGUGACUGCAUCAAUUCAAAACACAAUGUAUUUUUGUAAUUUUAUUUGGUAUUUUAUGCAGUGAUUGAUAUGCAGGUAUUUAGGCCACCUACUCAUUCCAGUUUGAUCAUGUUUAAAAGACAAUAGGUGGAGGUCAGUCAGCUGGCGCUUGCUGGUGUAGGUAGACCUAAUCUAAUGCAUAAAGGCUUAUCUACUCAGUGUCAGUUAAACUUAGAAACAUUUCAGAUGUUAACUCUUAAAAGACACUUUGUUGCCCUCCAUACAAUGCUCCUGUUUAUAAUUUAUAAAAUAAAAAUUGUGUACUUAACUGCACACAGCAAUAAGUUAAUAUUGAUUUCUGUUCUAUCCUGCGUGCCAACCAUUUUAAGCUAGUCUUACAGUUGUUAAAUAUACAUACUUUAAUUUUUGGUGCAGGAAUUCAAAACUGUGCUGUACUUAAAAAUUUAGGGUUCUCUGAGAGAUAGGGUAUGGGAUAACAGUUUUAGACCUGCCCACACUUCGUUGAAAUAAUUAUAGAAAUGUAAUAACAGGCAUGGUGAACUUUUAAGUUUGAUUAUAUAUUAGUAUUUCAAAAUGUAUUGGUGCUGGUACAAAUUGAUUGGAAGGGCUGAACAUUCUAGGGUUUUUAGUUGAAAGGUAGCUUAUUCAUUAAUUUUUGUUUGGUUUUUCUGUAUCGAUAUAUGGUUUGGAUUUUGAGGUGUACCGCACAUGCAUAGAUGAAUGGUCAUCUCUGUGUGGUUUGAUAUUAAUUUAUUUUGUUCAUAUUUAAUACUCCUCUCUUGUUAUACUUUUUUUUUGUUCUACAGGGUGGCAAGGGGAAGUGUUGAUAACUUUAUUAAUUAUUGAUCAGUUUUAGUGGAACAAGUAUGGACAGUAGAAUAAUAGAACUUGUUUGCAGGGUUAAAAAUUUCACAUAGGCGCCAACAUUGUCCAGAGUUUUAGUGUGAUAAUGUGACUUUUCUCCUGUAGGGGUGGGCAAAAUAUGAAGAAAAUUUUUGGCUCAGUUGAACCAUCACAUUCAGCAUAGUCUGACUAACAGACCAUCUCAGUUCCUGCUGUCAGUUGAGGAUAUUCCAGUGAUUGCAGAAACUGUUGCCUAUGUGGAAUUAAAACUUGUUCCACUAUAAUCAAUCAAUAAGAAAGUUAUUAACAGUUUUAAAUGUGGAGUUUCUUUCCACCCUGUAUAUGAGAGCAUGGUUCCUAGUCAUUUUUUUAAUAAUUAUACAUUUCAAGCUAUGCAUUUUUCAUAAUACAGAGUACUGUUCUUGAACACAAGUGGAUAGCUUGGUUUUCUGCAUAGCUGCUUCAUUCAGGUUUCAUUACCUUUUAAUGUUAUGAUUAGGGAAACUGUGUACAUUAAAGAGAACUUUUUGUAAAAAUUCUUACUCAAGAAGAAAUUUGCUUUAGGACUUAAGUCAUUUGAGAAUUAGUGCAGAAUGCUGAGGAAGAUGGCGCAAUAAGACUUUUUAACCAUUAAUGAAAUAAAAUGUCUCUAUUGUUA